AUGAGUAAUGAGAGUAUAUCAUCUGGAAGCUCUUCUGUUCUUUCUCCAGAGUUAAUUCAUAUUCAGAUGAAUGCGUAUGACAGUUAUCAAACCAUCCCGGGAAUUCUAGAUAGAAUGGCUGGCGUGAGCUCCCCAACCCAACAGUUUACGCAAGUGCCCGUAAUUAGAGUCUACGGCUCUCUUCCAAGUGGGCAUAAUAUUCUAUGCCAUAUUCACGGCAUUUUUCCGUACAUAUUUGUUAGCUACGACGGACAGGAUAAUGAUAGUGUGGAUGAGAUCCAUGAGAGAAGUUCUCACCUCCAUUCCGUUUUAGAAAGAGCAGUGCGAAAUGCAUAUGGAUUUACGGAUAACAACUCAGAAGUGCCUGAUGAUGAGACUUCCGGUAAUCAUUAUAACAGUAAGAAUCCAGAGGGUGUUCAUUGCGACCACAACUUGAACUAUAUCGCUAACGUUUCUGUCGUCAAAGCAUUACCGUUUUAUGGAUAUCAUUGUAAGUGGGAGGCGUAUUACAAAGUGUCACUAUUAAAUCCUGCUUAUGUGACGAGAGUUGCUGAUAUGCUCAGAGAGGGUAAAAUUCUGGGACAAAAAGUUGAAACAUUCGAGUCUCACAUUCCGUAUUUACUUCAGUUUUGUACCGAUUAUAAUCUUUUUGGUUGUUCAUGGCUUAAAACUUCUGAAUGUUAUUUUCGAACGCCUUUAUUCGGUAGAAACAAUUCAUAUGAUCUUUCUGUGAGAACACCUGAGUUAGAUGGAUUUAUUGAACGUUUCAACAAUAACAACAGCAGGAGUCUGGGAAAUGACAUAACUCGAAUGGGUAACAGCAUGCUUGAAAUUGACGUGCUACCGCAGUUCAUAAGAAACAGAGAUAAUAUUGAAUUUAGAAAUAUUCAUACACGUUUGAUCGAAGAGGAAAAUACUGUUUAUUCAAACCAAAAUUUGUUCAUUCCAUCCACUAAAGAGCUUUGGAAUCAGAUAGAAGUUUUGAGGAACCAAUUCUCUCUUGGUCCUUAUGUUCAUCCUUCCGAAGAAGAUAGAUGUCAUGAUUCACAAUCUUGGCAUAAUCAGGAAGAACUUCUCGCCUUUCUAGAAAAGGCGAAGCAGAGAACUUCGUUCAAAGACAAAGAGGCAUUUGAUACCGAGGAAUUAUUUACCAUAUCUAAUCCUCUUCUCAAAAACGUUUGUACCACGAAAGAAGCUGUAGAGGAGCUAUGGCCAAGCGAGUUUAACGCACAAUCGUACAUUGAUAAUACAAUGAGUGAAAAAUAUAAGUCUUUCAUCAGCAGUUGCGAUUCUGGUGAGAGAGGAGACUAUAUACUCCAGUUAUCUGACAGCGAAAUUGAUGAUAGUCAGCCCACAGCAGAUAACCAGGGACAUGAAACCUCUGAUCUUGCUCAAAAGCGCUCUUUUCCUUCCAACAAUGAUUUAUCAAUGACGCAGACUAUGGCAACAAGAAGAAAAACCAAGAGAACUACUUUUUCUCAACAAACUUCACUAUCCAAGAGAAGAAAAAAGAUCAACUCUCUUUUUCGAGGGAUUGAGACGUCUCAUACCUCUUAUCAGUAUAAAGAAUUUUGCUUUGGAUAUGAAUCCAUUCUGCCUGAUCUAGAAUAUGAAGGAAUUCCAGCAGUUGAUUAUAUGGACCCACACUUUGGUGAUUCCCUGGACCUAAAAAGAAAAGAUUACGUAUACUCUGGUCAACGCUUUAAUUUAAAAUCUUUGCAAUUACCACAUCGUGCACCUGUAGAAUUUCGAGGCCAGCAAGUCACACUCCAAUGUAGUACAAUAAGUUGCAACCAUCCGUGCUCCUGGAAGUAUGCAGUUAACCCUCCAGCAUUCGAUCAUGUUAGUUCUACAUCGAUAAAAAAAAAAGAUCUCCGGUCCCAAAUCGACUUUAAAACUCCUUCGAAUGAAUUUGGUUAUAAGUAUAAAAGUAACAGCUCUUUGACUGGAAUGAAAUCAGAUGGUCACAACCGGCUAUCUCAUAUUUCGUUAGAAAUUCACGUAGACACCCGAGGAAUCUUACUUCCUGAUCCAAAAAAGGAUCCCGUUACACUAAUUUUUUGGGAAAUAGAACCUGAAACCUUUGGAAUUGAUAUAGGAAUUGCAAAGGAGGGCAUUUUAAGCUUUUCAGGCAAGGGGAAUGAUGCUGUGCGACAUCAAUUAAAUGAAGCUACCGGCGAGAUACCAGUUGCUCUUUACGAUACCGAACUAGAAAUGUUUGAAGGAUUGGUCGAAUUAAUCCAAAUACUGGACCCAGAUUUAAUUUCCGGUUUCGAAAUUCAUUCAAGUUCUUGGGGCUACAUUAUUGAAAGAUGUAAGUUCGUCUAUGAUUGUGAUUUUUGUGAUGAGAUUUCGCGAGUGCGAAGCAAACCAACUGAUAAACGGAAGGACCGUUGGGGAUAUAUGCACGCGUCAGGAAUUCAAAUACCUGGUCGGCAUGCUUUGAACAUUUGGCGACUUUUGAGGUCAGAUUUGAAUCUCCUAAAAUAUACGGUUGAGAAUAUAACUUUUCAAGUGCUACAUGAAAGACUACCACACUUAUCUCACGCAUCACUCACAAAAUUGUGGAAUUCGAAUACAGACAUAACAUCAAAAAUUACUGUGAUCAAUUAUUGGAGAAAGCGGGUCAGCUUAAACUUGGCUUUGCUUCAAAAGCGUGAAAUUAUAUCGCAAACGGUUGAGCAGGCACGCCUAUUAGGUAUUGAUUUUUACUCGGUAUUUUCAAGAGGCUCUCAAUAUAAGGUAGAAUCUAUACUGGUAAGGCUUUGCAAGUCUGAGUACUAUAUCUUAUCAUCACCCAGUAAAACACAGGUACGAAAACAAAAAGCCCUCGAGUGCAUCCCGCUUGUCAUGGAACCUGAGUCAUCAUUUUACAAAAGCCCUCUGAUAGUUCUGGAUUUCCAGUCGCUAUAUCCAUCAAUUAUGAUAGCAUACAACUAUUGCUACUCGACGUUAUUGGGAAGGGUUCAGGAGCUAAAACUCAAUAACAAUAGAGUUGGAACCACAAAGCUAAAUAUUCCUGGAAACUUACUGAAACUUCUUGAGGACGAUGUCACGGUAUCUCCAAACGGAGCGGUUUUUGUAAAGCAGAGAGUACGGAAAUCCAUGUUAGCUAAAAUGCUCACUGAUAUCCUAGAUACCAGAUUUAUGGUAAAGACAACUAUGAAUGCGAUCAAAGAUAAAAACGAGACAAUUUCCAGAAUAUUGAAUAACAAGCAGCUUGCCUUGAAACUUUUGGCAAAUGUCACUUAUGGUUAUACUUCUGCUUCAUUUUCGGGCCGAAUGCCCUGUUCUGAUGUUGCCGACAGUAUCGUUCAGACAGGAAGAGAAACCCUAGAGAAGGCCAUUGCAAUAAUCGAGGAAAACACAUACUGGGGAGCAAAGGUUGUUUAUGGUGACACGGAUAGUCUGUUUGUGUAUUUACCCGGAAAGUCUAGGGAGAAUGCGUUCAAAAUAGGAAGAGAAAUGGCUACUGAAAUCACGAAGUCAAACCCUUCGCCUGUUACAUUAAAGUUUGAAAAAGUGUAUCAUCCAUGCAUUUUAGUCAGCAAGAAACGCUAUGUCGGAUACUCCUUUGAUCAUGAAAGGCAACGUGCUUCAAAUUUUGAUGCUAAGGGCAUAGAAACUGUACGCCGAGAUGGUCAUCCUGCUCAACAGAAAAUUGUUGAGAAAGCACUUCGCAUUCUCUUCGACUCGCAGGAUCUCUCUGCAGUGAAAAGGUAUGUUCAAGAGCAGUUUCGAAAAAUUACCAGAGGUGAAGUCUCAAUUCAGGACUUCUGCUUUGCCCGAGAAGUUAAACUUGGAUCCUAUAAAAGUGACAAAACAGCUCCACCCAGUGCUGUCGUGGCGACCAAAAAAAAGGCAAAUGAUCACAGAGCAGAACCACAAUAUAGGGAAAGGGUCUCUUACGUAGUUGUAAAGGGCUACCCUGGACAAAUUUUGAGAGAAAGAUGCAUUCCUCCAGAGGAAUUCCUCUGUAAUGAAAAAUACGAACUUGAUUCUAACUAUUAUAUUCGCAAAACGUUGCUACCACCCCUUCAAAGAUUUUUUAAUCUACUGGGAGUGGACAUCUCUGAAUGGUAUUACUCAAUGCCUAAGGUUCGAGAACUUCUCAAUUAUCAGUCAAAAGAUGGUGGUCUCCCUGUCUUCAUGAGAUCUGUAACGUGCAUACAUUGUCGAAGAGAGAUUAAAGGCAAUUUGCAUGCCACCCUUUGCGAAAACUGCUGUCGAAACAAAAGAGACACAGUUUCCGAUCUCCUUCAAGAACAGUUAAAAAAACAGACAAAUUUAGGUAAAUGUCUCACAGUUUGUCGUGUUUGCUGUGAACCUUACACUCGAAAUUUGUUGGAUCGAAUGGAUAAGGUUGUCGAUCAAUGUGAUUCGCAAGAUUGUCCGGUAUACUAUUCGAGGGUCAAAUAUAAGAGCGCCUUGGUAAAUUACAGAUCACAAGUCGUAGCCAAGUCUCUAGAGGAACUGGAGUUUUGA